CUCGCUUUUCAGUUCGUGCCCCGCUAUUUCGAGCCGUAUCGUCGUGGAUUUUCUUGCAAUGAUCCAGCAAUUCGUCUCCCUUAUAAGCAUAGCACAGUCAGCACAUCACUGCUACUUGCAGUCAUAUUCAUUGGCCCGCUUUUUGCUAUCCUGAUUACAGAAUUUUGCCGCUCCUCACGCUAUAAAGAACUGUAUAGUUGGCGUGGAUACAGUGUCAACCAGGUCUUGGUGAACUGCUUCAAAUACUACGCUUAUCAUCUUCUGGCAGUGCUGCUAACAUUUAUGAUAGUUACGCCAACCAAAUACAUCGUUGGUGAGCUGAGGCCCAAUUUCGUGGAUGUAUGCAGACCAGUAUACGAUAUGCUUAGCUGCCGAAACCAGAGCUACAUUGAAAUUUACCGGUGUCGGGGAAGAGAUAAUGCUGCGGUCAAGGAUGCAAGACUCUCGUUCUUCAGUGGGCAUUCUGCACUAGCCAUGGCAACAGCCGUGUUUUUCGUCUCUCGAGUGACGCGAAGAGGUCUUGCUAUUAUCAUUCGGCCACUGGCCCAAAUGGCGGCCAUUUGCUUGGCGCUGUAUACUGGAUAUAGUCGUAUAAUGGAUGGAAAGCAUCAUUUGCACGAUAUUAUCGUUGGAUAUGUGGUUGGCGCAAUCAUCGCUUAUCUUACGGCGAGACACAUAGCCGAGCUGAAGACAGGAUCCCAUCAACUGAAAGACAACGAGGCGCGACUAAGGAAAAUUGAUGUUUCGUCGCCGGAUGACAAUGCUCCGGCGUACAAAACGAGUGUCGUGCGCAUUGAACCAACAGAAUUACGAUUAUUUGAUUAAUU